AUGCCUGUUCGAAUAUCACCUACUCCACAUCUUGCACCAAGACGUCAACGAAGACGAUAUAACACUACACGACGUAUCAAAUUGACUGAAGGAAAUCUUGUACUUGACUGUCCUGUGCCUGAACAAUAUUUAGCAAGUGUUCCUUUACGUAUUGGGAAAGAAUUUACUCAUAUGCGAUAUACAGCGGUGACCAAUGAUCCAUCUGAUUUUGCCAAGUAUACUUUACGCCAAGCCCUACUAGGUCGAGAAACGGAAUUAUUUGUUUGCAUCACGAUGUACAACGAAGAUGAAGUUUUAUUGUCUCGAACACUACACGGUGUCAUGAAGAAUAUCUCUCAUCUUUGUCAAAGAAAUAAAUCGAAAACUUGGGGUUCAGACAGUUGGGGAAAAGUCGUAGUAUGUAUUAUUGCUGAUGGUCGUGAUAAAGUACAUCCACGUGUGUUUGAUAUGCUUUCAGCUAUUGGAAUUUAUCAAGAAGGUGUUGCCAAGAAUCUAGUGGACUACAAACCCGUACAAGCGCAUUUAUAUGAGUAUACAACACAAUUAUCAUUGGAUCCUGAUCUCAAAUUCAAGAAUGCAGAAAACAAGAUUGUGCCUACGCAAAUGAUUCUUUGUAUCAAGGAAAAGAAUCAACGAAAGAUCAACUCACAUCGAUGGUUUUUUCAGGCCUUUUGCCCCAUUAUAAAGCCGAAUAUAUGCAUGUUAUUUGAUGUUGGAACAAGACCUGGUGUACAUUCUAUUUAUCGUCUUUGGAAAACUUUUGAUCUUCAUUCAAAUGUUGGUGGUGCUUGUGGUGAAAUUCGUGCCAUGACAGGUCCUCUUGGUGCACAUCUUAUCAAUCCUUUGGUAGCCAGUCAAAAUUUUGAAUACAAGAUCUCAAAUAUUCUCGAUAAACCAUUGGAAUCUGUUUUGGGAUAUAUUCAAGUCCUUCCUGGAGCCUUUUCUGCCUAUCGAUAUACCGCUCUCUUGAAUGAUGUCAACGGUCAAGGUCCUUUACAAAAAUAUUUUAUGGGAGAAGUCCUUCAUGGUGAUGAUGCUGGUAUAUUUGAAGCUAAUAUGUAUCUUGCUGAAGAUCGAAUCUUAUGUUAUGAACUAGUAGCCAAGAAACAUGCAAAUUGGGUACUUCACUAUGUUUCGGGUGCUUAUGGCGAAACAGAUGUACCUAGUUCGGUUCCUGAAUUCUUAUCACAAAGACGACGAUGGCUUAAUGGUUCUUUUUUUGCCGGUGUAUACGCUCUCUUCCAUUGGGGAAAAAUAUUCAAAACGGAUCAUUCUACGGGUAGAAAAUUUCUUUUGUUGAUCGAACUGAUUUAUCUAUCUAUUCAAUGGCUUUUCUCUUGGUUUGCUUUGGGAAAUUUCUUUCUUAGCUUUUAUAUCUUGACCAGAUCUUUAUCUACCAUGGAAUCACCACCUUUCUCUCAAAAAGCUGCAAGCAUUAUUCAUACUAUUCUGGUAUAUAUCUAUGGAAUCUUAUUGGUGACAUUAUUUUUACUCUCAUUAGGAAAUCGACCACAAGGAUCAAAAGGUGCUUACACUGCCAUCAUCCUGUUCUUUGCUAUAUUAAUGGGUUAUGUCAUGUUUGCCUCGGUUUGGAUUGCAUAUCAAGGUGUUCGUAGUGCCACUAAUAAUCCUGAUACUUCCCUACUCUCUAAUGGAUCCUUCCGUGAUAUUGUCGUCUCUGUUGCCGCUACAUAUGCUAUCUACCUUGUAUCCAGUAUUUUAUUUUUUGAUCCAUGGCACAUGUUUACAAGCUUUGUCCAAUACAUAUUUAUGACACCAAGCUAUAUCAACAUCCUUAAUAGUUUCGCCUUUUGUAACACGCAUGAUGUUAGUUGGGGCACGAAGGAUAUCGACGCCGUUGCUAUUGAUCUUGGAGUGGUGGAAGUGAAACAAGGCCAAGCUACAGCGGAAGUGGCGGUACCUGAACAAAAAGAUGUGGGAGAAUUAUAUAUCGAAGCCUGUCAAAAUCUACGUCGACGUACCAAGGAAGAACCUCAUCGAAGAGAUCCAAAAACAAAACAAGAAGACUACUACCGUGCCUUUCGAACUAAAUUGGUGAUUUGCUGGUUAAUUACGAACUUGAUCUUGGUGGCUCUGAUAUGCUCUGCGGAUAAUGCUGGGUUUUUCGGUUCGUUUGAUCAAAAGACAAAUUAUUACAUGUUGGUGAUCUUAUGGAUGGUCGUUAUUUUGGCUGCUUUUCGAUUCUUGGGUUCUUGCUUUUAUUUGAUACUCAAGAUAUUCACCGGUUAA